AUGGUUGCUCGCAAACGUAAUAAAAUAGUCCUACCCCCCACAAGUACUGGAAAUGAAAACAGGAGUAAUGUCAACAAGCUGAACAAGGUCAAAAUCAGUUUGUUGGAAGAGGAGGAUGAAGAUAUAUCGCCUAUCGCUCUAGUGAAAAAGAAGAACAGUAAGUCAGUGGUAAUCAAAAAGAAUCAACAUGAGGAUACUUGUAGCAGUACACCUGAUUACAAAGGUCUCUUCAAAAGCAAUUCCAAAAUGAAAAUAUUGAACUUGGAUGACAUGACCGAUGAUGACGACGAUGACGAUGAAAAUACAACUGGCACCUCAAUAAUUCCCUCUAAAACUGAGAUAGAAGCAUUAAAACGAGGCAAAGAGAGGGCCAAUAGACCUGCGGAUCGCAAGUGGGCAAUUCGAGAAAAGGACUACGUCUCGCUGCUGGAUACAGAGGAUAAACUAGAUAUUAUAGACACCAUCAAGAAACACGGUGGUACCGGCAAAGAAAGCGAAGUAUGGGUCGAUAGGGAGGUCCCCAAUGAAGCAGAAGAGGAAAAGCUGGUUUUGGGCGAGAAGGCUUCCCUGCUUCAUGAACAACAGAAGAAAAAGAUGAUAGAAGACGCACUCAAUGAACAACAGACCGAUGCCACAAAAGAGUGGGAAUCACAGUUACUCAUGAAAGGCUCCGGAAGCAACACUGCCAAGAUUCGAGAUGAGCCAUCCUUGCCUAAACUGUACUCCUUUGAGCAGGAAGACAUACGCGACGAACUAGCGGUAAGAUUGAACACGAUACAGAAGCAGAAGAAGCAACUUCUGGUCCAGCUUGAUAUACUGAAACGAGAAAGAGUAUCGCUAAAUGACAAGAAGAACUUGGUACUAAAUAAAUUGGUAUGA